GGUGUUCCGUGUUCCAAAGUGCGCGUAGCGUAUAAUAAAGUUACCCCCUCCUGCCGCUUCCAACAUCUCUCUAGCUCUACGUCUACGCUACCCCGCUAGCCGGUUACACAUAAUUUUGCGAUAAAAAACUAUAAUUUUGUUCAAGUUUAUUGUUUAAACAAUAAAACGACACUGCUCGUUCGGUUCAUUCAGUCAGUGGGCUCUCGAUGAUAAGACGUCAUCGCGAUUCUCGAUUUCGAUUGUUGCCUCGCAAAAGCAAAAAAGCGCACGGAAGCGAAAACAAAUUCCUGCGACUUCGAGUUCGUACGGUAAAUUGAUUGUUUGUUAAAAGUUUACAAAGACCAAAGACUAAAGAAAGAACAAAAGUGUGUUUUAUUUUUGAAUUGUUGGGGGAAUUAAAAGUUAAAUCUAGUUCAUUGCUGCGUCGUCACAAAAAACAAAAGCAAUUCUCUUCCAGUUUCAUUUCUAUCAUCAUCAAACACCUCUUCAUUACCUUUUUAUAUGACGCAACGUCGCAAUUGAUACGACGACGACGACAACGAAGAUAACAACGUCGGUGUAGAGGGUCGGGAGCGAGUCUAGAGACGACCUUCGAAUUCGUGUGUUUCGUGUGUUGCGUUGAUAUUUGAUUGGAAACCUGGCCAACAGAAUCAGCAAAUAUGAACAUUGACACGCUUGUCCAGGAGUGGGAGGAACUCACUGCCGAAUAUGGCGAACUUGAGGAGUGCAACCGCAAGUACAUCGACUUGCUGGACCAAGUUCAGAGCUACCAGCAGAAAUGCUUCAAUGAGAUCAAGCACCAGCGCUAUCGGAUGGGCCAGAUUUCGGCCUCGCUCAAAGAAUGCAAAACAGCACAAAGCGAAGAGGAGAAGGAGAAAGUCGCCGAACUGAACAAGAACACCCUCAAGCGGAAAGCCCAACUCCAUGAAAUCGAGCAGUCCCUACCAAGAAAGUCCGGAUUCUAUUUAAAAAUUAUCCUGGGCGAUGUAAACGUAUCAAUACUGAACAGAAACGAUAAAGUUCGCUACAAAGACGACUAUGAAAAGUUUAAAUUAAUACUCAACGUAAUAGGACUGAUAAUGGCGUUUCUUAAUUUAAUAUUCAACUACAGGGCCCUGGAAUUAGCAUUUAUCUUCCUGCUGGUUUGGUAUUAUUGCACACUCACAAUACGUGAGUCGAUUCUGAAAGUGAAUGGAUCACGGAUUAAGGGCUGGUGGCGAGCACAUCAUUUCAUUUCAACAGUGGCUGCCGGAGUGCUGCUGGUCUGGCCACAGAGCGAGCCCUGGCAAUUGUUCCGGACGCAGUUCCUCUAUUUCAAUGCGUAUAUAAGCAUGGUUCAAUAUUUACAAUUUGGCUAUCAGAAGGGGUUGCUGUAUCGCUUAAAGGCUCUAGGCGAACGGCAUAACAUGGACAUCACAAUCGAGGGCUUCCACUCAUGGAUGUGGCGUGGUUUGAGCUUUCUUAUUCCGUUCCUCGUCAUUGGAUACAUAUACCAGGCCUACAACGCAUGGAAGCUCUAUCAGUUAUCAUUCCAUCCGGAUGCAACUUGGCAGGUUCCGGUUAUGUGUGUCCUGUUCAGCAUACUCUUCCUGGGAAAUAUGACAACAGUUCUGAUGAUUGUGCCACAGAAACUAAGGGAACGAGCAAAGGAGAACUACCGUCUACUCAGUGUGGGAAAAUCAAUGAAGUUGGAAAAGAAAAUCACGGACGAGCAUGCUAUCAAGAACGAAGGACUUAGUCCUGUUAAGAAGGAAGUUGAAACUCUCUCUGCUGCCUCACCCAUCGUCGCGGCCACCGCUGCCGCCAUCAACACCUCCACCAACACCACCACGAGUACCAUCCCUGCCGAUGAAACCGAUAAAAAUAAGUAAAUUGGCUGUAAAUGAAAAUAUGACAUUUCGUUGUACUAAAAUAUUUUCAUUAAAAAAGAAAAUACUUAUCCUUAAUUUAUUGCAAGUCCUUCCCUUGGGGCUUGAUAACUUUAAGUAGUUUAAUUUUGUUUUUUUUUUUUAAUUCUUUCUUCUACUUUCUUAUUUAUCUGCCAGUUGUGUGAAUUCUUUAUUUAAAAAAAUAUAUAUAUACAUAUAUAAAUAGCUAUGGUAAGUGAGAUGCUGUUUUGUUGUAAUAGUUUUAAAAUUGUUUUCUUUGUUCCUGUCACGCAUCACUCAUAAAUUAAAUAAUUAAAUAAUAAUAAACAAAAGAAACAAUAGAUAAGUAAUAAUUUAAAUUACAACAGGGAAAGCAUUUCUUUAAAUGUAAAAACAAACAAAAUGAAAUAAAAAAACAAAUAAACUCAAAAACAAAAACAUCUUUAAAAAGGCUUGUUACAGAUAGUAGAUUUAUCUUAAGGUAAAUUUUAUUAAUUAUAUUUAUGAACAUAUGUAGUCAAAAAGUGUAUGUCUGAUUGUAUGUCUAAAGUUGUGUCACACAAAAUAAUAAAUAGAAUAAAUUUAUGUCAAUAAAAUGGAUAUCAAUUCACACAUUUUGUAGAA